AUGAAAUGUCAUAUUGAAGACAAACCAAGAGAUCAUCGAAAAUACCCUCAGAAGGUAUGUAAAUGCAAAGAAUGUGGGAAGGCAUUCUUUUCUCCGAGUGCUCUCAUAACACAUGAAAGGAGUCACACUGGAGAGAAACCCUAUGAAUGUUUACAAUGUGGAAAAGUUUUUUUAUAUCAAAACUCUUUGCAACAACACAAAAGAACUCACACAGGGGAGAAACCCUAUGAAUGUAAGGAAUGUGGGAAAGCCUUCUUGUGGAGAAUAACUUACUGGAAACACAUGUUAACACACACUUAUAAAUGUCAGAAGUGUGAGAGAGCAUUCCUUACUCCCAGUUGGCUUAGAAAUCAUGAAAGGAAACACAAUAGAGAGAAACCCUAUCAAUGUAAGCACUGUGGAAAAGUCUUUAAAAGUCCUGCGAGUGUUCCAGUACAUGAAAGAAUUCACACAGGAGAGAAACCCUAUGAAUGUAACCAGUGUGGGAAAAACUUCAAUACUUUGAGUUCCUUAAAAGCACACAAAAUAGUUCACACAGGAGAGACACAAUAUGUGUGUAAAAUAUGUUCUAAAGUAUCAACUUGUGCCAGCACCCUUCAAAAACAUGAGGCGAUCCACAGUGGAGAAAAACCAUAUGAAGAUAGCCCUUAUAAAUGUAAGGAAUGUGAGAAAGCAUUCAUUCAUUUCAGUUCUCUUAAAAUACAUGAAAGGAGUCACACUGGAGAGAAACCCUAUAAAUGUUUACAAUGUGGAAAAGUUUUUCAAUAUCAAAACUCCUUCCAAGAACACAAAAGAACCCACACUGGAGAGAAACCUUAUGAAUGUAAAGAAUGUGGGAAAGCCUUCAUGUGGAAAGUGACUUUUCAAAGACACAUGGUAACACACACUGGUGAUGUACCUUUCAAAUGUCAGAAAUGUGAGAAAGGAUUUAUUUUUUGCUCUGAACUUCGAAAGCAUGAAUGGAGUCACAAUGUAGAAAAACCGUAUCAAUGUAAACAAUGUGGAAAAGCCUUUAAAAGUCCUGAAAGUAUUGAAAAACAUGAAAGAAUUCACAGGGCAGAGAAGCCCUAUGAAUGUAAGCAGUGUGAGUCCCGCGGUCUUAACAAUACCUUCCAUAUGUCCUCACUCAGGCAUGAGGGGCGGGGCAUUACAAUCUGUCCAAUCAAGAGGCCAUUGAGUCAGCACCUCGCGGUCAGUAACAUAUCUGGGGAUACCCAGAGUCUGGAUUCUUCUGGGUCCUCAGUACCCCCGGGGUCUCAGCGGAAAGGUUGGCCCCGCGACUCACCUCCUGCAGCCCUUCUUCUCCCUCCGAUUGUGUGGUGA